CCGCAUCGAGGAAAUAUUUACAGACAAAGAAAGAGGUUCUCGAUUAGUCUGCGACUGAAAAAUCUUACGCAUUGGUGUUUUGUUGCUAAUUCUAUAAAAUUAUUUGAAAAAUGUCUGGUCGUGGAAAAGGAGGCAAAGGUUUAGGAAAAGGUGGUGCAAAGCGUCAUCGUAAAGUGUUGCGGGAUAACAUUCAGGGGAUUACCAAACCAGCUAUUCGUCGUCUAGCCCGUCGAGGUGGUGUGAAGCGAAUUUCAGGCCUGAUUUACGAGGAGACUCGAGGCGUGCUCAAAGUAUUUCUGGAAAAUGUCAUAAGAGAUGCAGUUACUUAUACUGAGCACGCGAAGAGAAAGACCGUGACCGCCAUGGAUGUGGUGUAUGCUCUCAAACGACAAGGACGCACUCUGUACGGUUUUGGUGGUUAAUAUUCUUUCAAAAGUCGAAGAUGUUAACCUCGUACGUAAUUUUUGUAUUUGGAUGAUGUAAUGGCGUAUUGACGUCUUUUUCUUUUAAAACCAAUUUAAUUGGCCGAGCCUGUUCAUUUAUCCAGUAGAAACUCUAGCAUUUUAGUACCGCUUUUGCAUAGUAGUGUGAUUUAUGUGACUGUUCUCGGGACUUUUAUAUCUUUUUUUUUUUCAAUUAAUGUCAAGAUAAUUGGUCGUGAUGAGCCUUUCGUAGAAAAGUGAAUUCCAGCACAAUGUUUAUUGGCAUAACAAUGUUCGGGAGCAGGUACAGCCAUCUACUGUGUUUUCUUCCCGAAGGCUGUGAGCGCCAGAACAUGCAUGGAGGCGGAACAAAUUAUCAACCAAAUCGAAGGAGAGUUGGAUUGCUUAUUUCUCUGCUUCUUUGAAAACUAAGUUUGGCGUUAUUUAAUAAUUGACUGUUUCCAUCGUUGUAGUCGUCUACUUUGGACUUCCAUUGUCUUGCGAGCACGUGCUGUAGACUUUAAAAGAAUUCUGUUACCCCCACUUAAUGAAAAGGUUGGCUGUGGGAUAAAAUACGCUUUGUGUUAAUGCGAAGUUGUUUUUUUUUUUCGGUAGGGAAUUUGUGGGGAUUAUGUCACUGCAUGUUCGUUUUGUUUAGUAAAAUUUGACAUUAAAACUUCUUUUGUCUAA